AUGGCUUGCUGUCGACAAAAUAAAAAGGCCGCUUACAUCUAUUCUAGCCUCCCAGUUGUCCGGGGAAAUGUGGGCGCGAAUCUUGCUAUCACCAUUCUGGACGGGAAUGAGGAUGAUGAUGUGACUAGAAGCUCGCAUCUUCUACGAAGCGUAAAACGACGACGGAAGGAUGAUAAACCACCCGGGAUGAAGCUGGUUCCCACUCGACCUAAAUUCGGUGAUGCUUCUAGCGCUGAGGAUCGCGUGGUGGAGGCGAAUGGAAGGAUAUCAAUUCACACUCAAACUGGUCUCUACCUCUUUGAAAUCUCGGAUGUUAUCGAAACCGAUGACUAUGGGGUUCAGACGGAACAGUUCAUUGACAGACCAAUGUCACCAGUGAUUGAAUUCGUUAAAACCGGAAUUGAUUUCACCACUCAGACAGAACCGUGGGAGCUCUUUGAUUUCAACACUGAAGUGGUACCUAUGCUGGAGGUACUGUUGAACAGAACUAUGGAACAGUCAUUAAUGGAGGUAAUGGAAGAGGAAGAGUUGGCCGAGAUUCGUGCCAAGCAGGCAGCCUUUGAAGAAGUGCGGGAUGCGGAACUUGCAGAAGUCAAGCGAUUAGAGGAGCUUAACCGUCGUCGCAGAGAGGAACAGAAGCGAAGACGGGAACAGGCUGAAUACGCGGCGAUAAUGAAACGCCAGACAAUUGAGAAGAUUGCAGCCCGCAGUUUUGUCAAGGGCUACUUGGAACCUCUAUUGCCUAACACUUUUGAGCUGCUUACGGCACGCGGCUUCUUCUACGAUGACGUUCGACUGGAACUGGAAGUAAACUUCAUUGACAACAUCGUGGAGAAGGCAAUGGACAUGUACACACUCGAGUUACGGGGACGUAUUAUUGUUGAUGGAAUCAUCAGAGAGGCAGUCAACAGGCGCCACACGGAGUACCGAGAUUUAGGCCGUGAAAUCGCGACCGAGGCGAUAAUGGAAAAGGUCGUGCCAGCUCUACGUACCCGCGUUUCCGGGGCCUUUGUCGAAACGAUGAUUGACUUCUCCAUCGAGAGAAUGGAAGUUACAGCGGCGGCGCGGAGACGUGUGCUAAGGAACGUAACCAGUGAUGUAAUGGAUGAGAUUAUAAAUGAGGCUGUGGGGAAAAUAAUGACUAGAAUGGCUGAAGAAAAUGUUGAUGGAUCAAAUUUCGUUGAUGAGCGGGGCGUAGACUAA